AUGUUCAAUGCAUCUAUUGAUGGUCGUCUAGUCGUACCUCAACCAUCAGCUGCUGUAUGUAAUGGAAAAACAUAUGAUGCUGCAGCUUGUAGUGUAGCCAAUGCACAAUGGACAAAUGCAACAUGGCGUAGUGAUCAAAUUGGUGCAAUGCAAAUUACUAAUUGGGAAAAUAGUUCCUGUUCAAUUUUCUUCAACAGCUCAACAUGUAAUCAAGGUUCUGUAUCAGUUCUGGGUGUUGAUGCAAUAUCGGCCGCACAUGUUCAAACAACUGUUCGAUUCGCUGCAACGAAUAAUCUUCGCUUAGCUAUUAAAAGUAGCGGACAUGAUUUUUUAGGUCGAUCGACAGCAGCUGGAUCUCUACUUUUAUGGCUUCAUCAUAUGAAAAACAUGACAAUGAUUGAUCAAUACUCAUCCUGUGGUCUUGCCAAUGUAUCAAAUGCUGUUCGUAUCGAAGCAGGUGCUCAAUGGAGUGACGUCUAUCAAUGGUUAAGUCAAUCCAAUUUAGUAGCAAUUGGUCCAGCAGCAGGUACCGUAACUGUAGUUGGUGGUUACCUUCAAGGUGGUGGACAUAGCCCACUAUCACGUUGGAAAGGUCUGGCUGCUGAUCAAGUACUUGAAUACGAUGUUGUAACUGCAGAUGGACAACGGCAAACAGUAAAUGCAUGUCAAAAUAGUGAUUUAUUCUGGGCAUUAAGUGGUGGAGGUGGAGGUACUUUUGCAAUUGUACUUUCAGCUGUUAUACGAACUUAUCCAUCGCCAUCUAUUGUUGUUGCAACAUAUUCAGUCAAUGCAACAAAUGUAACUCGCUAUGCAACAUUGAUGGAAAGCUUCGUCGGUAGUAUACCACAGUUAGCCGAUGCCGGUGCGACUAGCUAUUUUAAUAUAGGCGAUCUGACAAUUAGUGUAUUAGUUCAUAUACCCAAUGGAGAUUCGAAUGUACUCGAUGGUAUAAUAAAUCAAUUUGUUGCCAAUAAUAGUGAUUUAAAUUUCACAGUCACCAAAAGUUUUGUUCUUCCAUCGUUUUAUGCAUACUUUGCCGCUCUAUUAGCACCGAAUAAUCCAAGUGGCUACAAUCUUUUAGUGAGCUCACGAUUCAUUCCGGAAAGUAUAAUUCGAAAUAAUUCACAAAUAGUUGCAGCAGCCUUUGUUCAAGCACAAGGUCAGAGUACAAUUGGAUCAAAUCUUCGUGGAAGUUUAGUCGCUGGAGGACAAGUAUCAAAUACAACAAACAGAAAUAACAGUGUCAAUCCUGGUUGGCGUACAGCUCUUCUUAGUAUGGCUUACACUCAAACUUGGUUAGAUACAACAUCCCAAAUUAAUCAAAACAACUUAUCUACACAAGGGUUACUUCGAGGAGCGAUGUUAGAUACAAUACUACCUGCUGGUGUACAACCAACAUGCUACACUAAUGAAGCUAACCCAUAUGAAGUGAAUUGGCAACAGAAAUUUUAUGGUUCGAUAGUUAUUUAUAACCAAUUGAAAAGUAUAAAAGUAAAAUAUGAUCCAUUCGGACUCUUCCAAUGUACAACAUGCGUUGGUAGUGACGAUUGGACAUCGGAUCUCAAUUGUCCAAAAACGUCGAAUUCUAACAAAAUUAAUUUAACAAUAUUUUUUUUAUUUGCAGGAAUAUUUGCAAUAUUAUUAUAA